UUUAAUCGCUGCCGCACGGUUUGACGUCAUUACGUUACCCUGGCCCGGCUAGCUGUCAUAUGCGUAACAGGGAAGGCAUGACAUGGAGCUAAAUUUUCCCAUCUGCAGUUAUAUAUGCGGCCUGGCUUGUUAAAUCGAUCUAAGGAAUUGUCAGUUAUAUGUACCAAGUUAGAGGCCUUUCCGUUUCGACUUCUCGAAAAAGCAGUAGCUCGCUAACCCGAUAGCUACCUUCUAACUUAAGGUGAAGAUAACCACUUGCAUACUGAAAGCAUGGCGUUAAUCCUGUUUACAAGAUCUCGGGCACCUUUAAUGAAAACGUCUCGAUCCCUAAAGAAUGAAUUCAGGAAAGGCAAAGGGAAAUUACAGGAGGGUUCCUAUUUCAGCUGCACAGCCUUCACACUUUCCAGUCAAAAACCUGAUGGGCUCCGACUCGGCAGCUUGGCUCAGGUCUCUUCGUUCGGUCCUUCCUUGCCCGUGUCAGAUGAAUUUGUGGGUCCCUGUCAGAGCUCAGACACACAGCGGCUCUACUGCGCUUUUGCGUCGGGGGCUUCCUCUUCACUGUACCCUGCGGUCGGAGCGGGGCCCCAAUGGACGAUAGCACGACCGCGAGACAUCGCUGGUGUCAGGUGGAUACAUACCACGAGGAGGAGAUGGGAUGACUCCAAGGUGGAGAAGUCGCUGCGUUCGUUAAAGGAUAAGAAGAAGAAGCUGGAGGAAGGAGGGCCGGUGUACAGCCCGACACUGGACGCAGAGCCUGUCCGAAGGACGCUCCGACAGCGGGUUGUAGAUGAAAUCAAGCACUACUACCAUGGCUUCAGGCUGCUUUGGAUCGAUACCACCAUUGCUGGGCGGAUGUUCUGGAGGGUGCUGAACGGACAUCCCCUGUCUCGCCGUGAGAGGAGACAGUUUCUCAGAACAUGUGCUGAUGUCUUCAGACUUCUUCCCUUCCUGGUGUUUAUCAUCGUUCCCUUCAUGGAGUUCCUGCUUCCUGUAGCUCUGAAACUCUUCCCCAACAUGCUGCCAUCCACCUUUGAGACACAGACAAAGAAGGAGGAGAGGUUGAAAAAGGAGCUGAGGGUCAAACUGGAGAUGGCCAAGUUCUUGCAGGACACCAUUGAGGAGAUCGCUCUGAGGAAUAAGGCAGCAAAAGGCGACGUGACGGAGGAAUUCUCCACCUUCUUCCAAAAGAUCCGGGACUCUGGGGAGCGUCCCAGUAAUGAGCAGAUCAUAAAGUUCUCCAAACUGUUUGAGGACGAGCUGACGCUGGACAACCUGACUCGACCUCAGCUCGUGGCGCUCUGUCGUCUCCUGGAGCUCCAGUCAAUUGGGACCAACAACUUCCUCCGCUUCCAGCUCAUCAUGAAGCUGAGGGCCAUCCGCACAGACGACAAGCUGAUAGCAGAGGAGGGGGUGGAAAGCCUGAAUGUGAACGAAGUGCAGGCAGCGUGUCGUGUCAGAGGGAUGAGAUCUCUGGGAGUCACAGAAGAACGACUAAGAGAACAACUCGGCCAGUGGUUGGAGCUGCAUCUCAACCAGCAGAUCCCCACCUCUCUGCUGCUUUUGUCUCGAGCCAUGUACCUCCCAGAUACCCUGUCUCCUGCAGACCAGCUGAAAACCACGCUGCAAACACUUCCUGAAAUGGUGACCAAAGAGGCCCAGUUAAUGGCGGCGGAGUUGGAGCUCUCCAAAGUGGAUAACAAGACCAAACUGGAGACCAUGCUUCAGGAGGAGGCAGCCAUACGGCAGGACAACAAGGACCGAGAGAUGGAGAGGCUGGCUGAUGCUGCAGAGAAGGCUGCCAGGGAAGGUGAACCAGAGCUUCAAGCAGAGAGGAUGAAGCGCAGUGAGGCCGAGCCAGCUUCAUCUAAAGCCGAAAAGGCAGCCGAUUCAGAGACACUGAAGGACACCGCACCCAUUAUAGAGGGACUCAAGUUUGAGCAGUGGCAGAGGUUUCUGCGUUUCCAGGCAGAGGAGAUCACCAAGGAAGAGAUUGACCUGCUGAGUGAUGCCUGCUCAAAGCUGAAGGAGCAGAAGAAACUGCUGACUCUGGAGAAAGAGGAGCUGGAAGAGCUGAAGGAUGAUGUCCAGGAGUACAAUGAGGAUCUGGAGGAGAUAAAAAAGGAGCUCUCCAAGACUGGUCAGGAGAAGGCCAUAGAGGAGUCAAAGGCCAGCCAGCGGCUUUCUAAGAGGGUGAACCGUAUGAUCGGUCGCAUUGACAAGAUCAUCCUGGAGCUGGAGAAGGACAAGGUCAUCCUGGAUGGACAGAUGGACAGUGGAUCCACCCCACCUGUUGGUCUGUUCUAUACCUUUAGGGAGAACCUGGUCAGCAUCGACGAGCUCAUCAACAUCAUGCGACAGAUCCAGAACAUUCCCGAGCACAAGCUGCAGAGCAUCGCCGAGGCUCUCGACGACAACAAGGACGGGAAGAUUGACAUCGACGACGUCAUCAAAGUAGUGGAACUGAUCGACAAGGAGGACAUCGACAUCUCCACCUCACAGGUGGCCGACAUCAUGGUGAUGCUUCAGAAAGAGGAGAAGCUGAUGGGGAAGGAAAAGGCCAAAGAGAAGGCAGAGAAGGAACAGGCAGCCACACUCAAAAGUUAACUCAUUUUGCUUCAGAGACACGAGUGUUUGUAAAAAAUGAGCACUCUCCAUUGUGACUGGUAUCUGGUCAUAGAGGACUCUGGACACCAGGUUGAUCUGGAGAGGUCGAGAACCGCAAGGUAACAGCUGCCUUCUUCUGAAAAUGUCAUUCUGCUACAAAUUGAGCUCCUAAAAAUAAAAAAUAAGAAAUCUUCAGAGAAGGCUUGUUGCCUUUUAAAAUGUACAAAUUCAACAAGAAACUAAAUUUCUGUCAUGUUAAAAAAUUCUCGACUGGUCGUGUAAGAUGUGUGGUAGUUUUACUUCAGUAUUUAUCAGUGCAGGGAGCACAGUGACAUGGAAUUGAAAGCUAAUCAGAAAAAUGGUUUGGGAAAUGUGUUAUCAGACGUGUUAUUUAAAGUUGUAGGUGAACCGUCUUGCCUUUCAGUUCGUUCAUGUCAUCAUCUCGGAGAAAUGAGCGAUCAUUUCCGAACUUUGCACAGUCAACAUUGUCAUUUCUGUCAUUCCGCUCACUUUAUUUCCUCUUAUAUUUUAUUUAUCCACCUCAUACCUGUUUGUAAAGUUUUUUUAAGUUGUACUUGGGCAGGUAGCUUAUCGCUGGCUAUAACGGUGGCUGCAACCAAAGAUGUUAUUGGUAUUGGAAACAACACAAAAAUACUCAAAACAUGUUGAAAUUACAGGUUAAAAACAAUCCAUUUUAAAAAGGGCCUUCUAGCGAUUAUAUGCUAAAAACUAUUUAGGUUUUUCUUAGAAAAGACAUCAAACUUUUUCCAUGAAAACCAAAACUAUAGUACUGCAAUUUCUUUACAUUUUGCACUCACAAAUGGGGAAAAAGUACAUUUAGUGCAGCUCUUCAUAGAUCUUCACUCGUAGCUCUUUAUUUAAUGCCAAAGUUGCACUGAGAUGCAUUAAUAGCACAUUCGAGGUACUCCUAAAGUCAUCAGACAAAACAGCAAAGAUGGAUUUAAACUGUGUAGGAUCAGUGUAGGGACAGAAGCCACCAAUUAAAUGCGUCUGAUGCUGCUGUGACAAGUCAGUCGGGCUGUCGCCCUUCAGUUUGGAUAUUGAGAUGUUGUUGUUGUUGUAGCGUUUUAGCAGCUAUGAUGUUUUGCUUGUUCGCUCUCUCAGAGCAGCCUUCGUUAUCCGUCGCUAAGGCUUUAAAUGUUCCUUGUUGAUUUCUACCGAAGCACGCAAACCCAACAAACGAUACUGGGGACGGCAAAGUUUAGGAAAGUAAGAGAUUCAUUUUGCAGUAAUUAGUCUGGAAAUCGUCCGCUCAGGCGAUAGAGGAGUUCAUGAGUUGUGUCGUAGUUGUCAUCGUUUAAAGCAAAGUGGCCUUCUUAUCACACAAAUUGUAUGGUUCUUAUAACACUGCAUAUUUAUUUCUGAGGAUUUUUAAGAAUUUAACGGAGUCGUGACGUUUUCGAUUUGCAUAAUAAUUUAAUUCUGAACAAAUUUGGAUGAAUUUUAAAUUUUAGUCCUGUCUUUUUUUCCUUUUUUGUUCUUUGCACUGUAGCCAUGAAUGUACGUAGUAUGUAAACAAGAUUCCUCAGGGCUGUGUGAUGAUUUUAGAUGAUUAAAUAUGUCCUGCUACCUAUCCACAUAUCCCAUUCUGUGUUCACACUGCAUCAGCUUUUCAAUGAAAUUUGAAACGAUGCUAACUGCACAUUUCGAUCAGGGGUGCAGUUAAUUAUUAUCUUGCUCAUUGGUGCUUCCUAAAAACUUAAAAUAGAGUGAGGAAAAUGCCCCCUAGAAGACUCCAACCUCAUGUUUCCAGUUCGCUAAUCCCUCUAAUAAAUGAAUGGAAAACAAAUAUGUAUAAUAAUGACAUUUGAUUCCCUAACCAUUAAUGGUGCUGACAGUAUUCGAUAAAUAUUUUUUUCUGUCUAAUUAUCAUUAUUAUGCAGCAUUUUGAAGACACGUUGACAUUUCUGACAUCUAAAUGAUGUGAAAUGUAAUCUUAAUGAACUGAUUCAUGGGGAAAAGGGAUCAAAUAGAAGAAUUUCAGACAGAUGUAUCUAAUGACCUCAGAUAAAAACUCUUGGUAGUGAUGAAAUCCAAAAAUCUGAUUGCUUCUUUGACCGCUGGUGAAUUUCUCACAUAACUGGCUUCCUGUCCAGCCACACGCGGGUGCUGCGUGAACCCACCGUAACGCCUCCAGCCGCCUCUGUCUGAUGAGCUUUACGGUCUUUGCCACCGCUCUGGUGUUCCUCCUGCAUAAUCAGAGAAGAACUCGGGUGUAAACGAGGGUGACGGAGUGGUACUUAAGAUAAUGCUGAGUGGACAACGCUUCAUUUAAUCCAUUCCCAGAAUCCGCCGUCCUACACGUGGAAGUUUAAGAGCUUGUUCAUCUUCCAUCGGGCAUCGUCCCAGCUCGCAUCCAGUGCUGCCUGGCGGAGCAAAGGCUCUGCUUCGCCUGGGACCAGUCAGGCUGAUGGGUGCGGGGUAAACACUCGUCCCAUACAUGGGCCAAAGCCAGCUCCACUGGAGGGUUGUGUUUAGGUUAGAGACGCUCCGGCGGGACAUGGCACGCCGUGCGCUGCAUAAAUCCACAGCCAGUGUAAACACUUUAAAAGAACGUUGUGACAACGUCUCGUUUACACUCGGCAGGAGAGCGUGGUGUUUGUGUCACCCCUCCCGCCUGACAAGGGUGAACUCUGAGGAGCACUUUGUAUAUCAGCACGACUGGCCCUGUUUGGGACAGAGGGUCAAAGGUCAGAGAAGGGGAAAGAGACGAAUACCAGAGUGUAAGACUGAUAGAGAUCAAUACACAGGGUUCCUGUGCAGGUCCAGAAAGGGUUGAAAUCGACAGGGACCUUUAAUGCGUUGCAGUCAUUGCUGAAAUGCAGAUUGAUGUCAGUAAUGUGCAGUUGCACAGAGCGCUCCUGAGAGCUUAUUUUUACCUUUAACAUGAUUUUUGCCAUGUUUUACUAAAUGCACGGAGCUUCAGUUUAGCCAAAGAGACCCGACUAGUCAACAAGCAGAUAAUCAGCCACUUUUCCCUUUUGAUGUGCAAACAGCUAAAAACAAACUGGUUCCACCUUCACCAGUGGGAAGAUUUGAUCAUAUUCUUUAUACUCAAUUGGAGCAAACUGGAUAUCUACCAGUCUAGCCAACUCUAAAAUUCCAAGAUGAUGGAAAAGGGUGAAAAAAAUGUUGUUGUUUUUUUAAACUUCCAAAACAUCUCAAAACCUACAUAUUACCACAAAAUGAUUGCAAUAUAUGAAAACUGGUCAAAACUUCAAAUAAAUUCAAGAAAACUCAAACUUCCCUCAAACUAACACUUCCCCAAAUGAUUGUAUGUCCUUGUCUGUGGCUGCUGUGCUGUUUAAACUGCAGUCUUGGAGAAAGAAGGAGGUGUAGAGAUACAGUUGACAGCGAAAGCAGUUUGACUCGAGGCUUGUGUCAGCAAAUUUUCAUUGCCAACCAGGCCGAGGCUCAUUUCUUACCUUUUAUUCCUUCAUUUAGUUCCCUCAUGAUAUUUUAGAAGAAAGUGACUCAGGAGAAAUAAAAAGGUGAGCCGAUUUUUAGCGCACAGUCACUAACGUUGACUGUUCUCUGCACAGUAUUGCCACAGUGUAAAUGCACUAUUCGUUUUUUAAGCAGUUGGUAUGUGUUGACUGGCCGUCUCUGUGUGAAUGUCUACAAUACAAACCGUCCUCUCAGACUCCUGCUCAGUUGUGGGUGUUGGGUUUAGAAGAACAAACGCUUAAAGGAUAAUUUUUUUCUUUUCUCCCAUUUUGAGGUGGAACAAGUGGCUUCAGCUUGUUAGCAGUACGCUGUAAAUCUUUAAUUUAAAGUCAUCCGUGCUGAUGAACUGGGAAGCCGACCUUAAACCUUAAUGACUGAACGCUUGCUCUUUAGCCUAAGCCGAUUCCACCAGUUUAGUUUUUCUUGUCAAUUUCUGACAAAAAUCUACAUAUUUUGUGCUAUCAGGUAGAGUAGCUAAAAAGCAUUGUGGACUUGGCUUCUUUUGAUGAUAUAAUCGUAUUACUCUUCCUGUUUGGGGUUUGAUGAGCUUGUAGUAACACCUCCCCCCACUUCUUUUUUUUUGCACCAGUCUUUUUUUUUAAUUAUUAGCGAUAUGCUGCUUUUUGUAAAAUAUAAUCGAGUUUUCUCUUGUGCUGGAUGUAAGAGUACAGUCUGUGUAAAGAGGGAAAGGGCAGCUGAAAUGGGUAAAGCAGUGGGGAUGGGCUCUGUCUGUAUUUUCGGUUAAAAAGUAGAAAACGUGUUUCACUAUAUUUUAAAUCAUAGUGCAGCCAGACCCAUUAACCCGGUAAAGACUGAACCUUGAAGUAGUUGCCAGAAACUUCUGGUAUAAGGGUUAGGGUUGUAAUAAAGCUAAACUCGCAUAUGAGUUUUAAUUUGUAUCAAUCACGAAUUUAUUUAAGUUUUUUGGGUGGAAAAAAAUCGCACUGAUGAUGUCGAGGGUUAAAAAUUGUUCUAAAGCUGUGUUCAAGAAGAAGGCGAAGUGCCUCCCCUUUUAAGAUCAAACUUUAUUGAUAAUUUAUUGAUAUUGAUAUUGCUUUGGGAUCGUUUGUGUCCGAAACGGCAAUCUUUCAGCACAGACUCUAAUUG